UAGCUUGAUCUGUACCAGAACUAGUUACAAAUAUCUUCUCUUAGCCUUAGUGGGCAAUUUUAUUUGAUCAGCACUUUCCUCAGCUCAAGCCAUGAGUUCGCUCGGAUCCCCCAAAACAAUCAAAGUAGACAAAUCAGUAUCCCUCUCGAUAGAAGAUGCCUUUCUCAUCAUAAAAGGUACCCUCUCCAACUCUCUAAUCGAUCUGUAUGCCAUCUUGAAUGCAUAUAUCUCCACAGAUGGCCUCACCAUCACUUACGUAGACGGAAAUUGCGGCAGCGACGCAAAUAUAGACGCCGUUCAGUACGCGGUGCGCGACGAGAAGGAAAGAGAGCAAGCCGCAGCCUGGGCGAAGCACCUCCUGAAAUGCGCUCACGGUCAAGCGCAAUUAUACAAGCGAUUGAAAGUGAUCAUCAACCCGUUCUGCUCCGGCGCGGUCAAGAAAUUCCGCACGUGUGCUGCGCCCAUCUUUGCAGCAGCGCAUUGUCAGGUUGAUGUUGAGGAGACAAGAUACAAGGGCCAUGCCAUCGAGAUAGCCGAGAAGAUUGACCUCGCCGCCUACGAUGCGAUUGUGUGCUGUUCGGGCGACGGGUUGCCGCAUGAGGUCUUCAAUGGGUUGGCCAAACGCGCGGAUGCGCUGAAGGCGUUGACAACCAUGGCUGUGGCUAUGGUACCUUGUGGCUCUGGAAAUGCGAUGGCGUGGAAUCUUUUCGGCACUGAUAAUGUUUCGCUGGCUGCGCUGGCGAUUGUGAAGGGUGUGAAGAUGCCCUUGGAUUUGCUAUCGAUCACCCAGGGAGAACGCCAUACUGUGUCGUUCCUCUCGCAGUCCUUGGGCGUUUUGGCGGAUUCGGACUUGAAGACGGAACAUUUGCGGUGGAUGGGAGACCAUCGCUUCAUCUACGGUGUUCUAACCACCAUUGCUCAGAGGACAGCGUAUCCCUGCGAGCUUGCCUUCAAGACCGUUAUGGGAGAUAAACCCCAGAUUCGGGACUACCACCAGCGAAGAAAGGAUCAGCCACUGAGCGUAUCAUCCGAGCCCAGGACGGAGUUGGGUGGGUUACCGCUCAAAUAUGGCACGGUCCAGGACGAUCUCCCAGAGGAUUGGGAGGUUGUCUCCGGGGAAGGAUUGUCGAGUUUCUAUGCCAGCAACAUGGCGAUCGUGGCCAAGGACACGAAUUUCUUCCCAGCCGCGCUGCCUAAUGAUGGGCUCCUGGAUGUUAUGACGGUAGAUGAUACUAUCGGCUUUGUGGGUGCCCUUGAAGCAACUAUCAAACUGCCGCAGGGGAAGUGUUUUGAGCUCGGAGAUGUGCAGAUGCGGAAGGUCACCGCCUAUCGCCUGACACCCAAGGAGAAGGAGGGUUGCAUCAGUGUGGACGGUGAAUGGUAUCCAUUUGAGGCUUUCCAGGUGGAGGUUCAUCAAGGCCUGGGUCGGGUGCUCUCGAGGUCGCACCAUGCCUAUCAAGUAUGAGGGACGGUGAGAUAUAUGGCG